GCCCCGGACCCCCGGCUCCCCCGGCCCUCUCACCCCUGCCUCUCCACGCGCGGCGAACCUGCCGGCCGCGCACCGACCCCCGGCUCCCCCAGGCCCUCACCCCUGCAUCUCCACCGGCGGAAUCGACUUCAAGAUCCGCACUGUGGAUGUAGAGGGGAAGAAGAUCAAACUGCAGGUCUGGUGAGUGAACCCUCAGCACUGCGGGGCAUAUUCCCUCAGUUCCCUCCUGGCACCAGUUCCCUCCCUCUCCCCACUGCUCCUUCUGCCACUUCUCCCAGGCCACUUCCUGUCACUGCCCUCAGACGUCCUCCUUCCAUCUCUCUUCCAGCCUGCUCAACUAUUUUCAGCUUUUUCGUAACUCUCUCGCCUCUCCUGGCUCCAGAGCAUUCUCUGAACUUGACAGUAGAUGUCUGCAGGGCUGUCCCGUGGGAAGGGCAUUCAGGCAGGUCCCCAGCAAGCGGCGGAAUUGAGACGGUCAGUGUGUGCUCUCCCUGAGUCAUGGAGAGCCUGGAGAGCCGAGCUGCGAGGGCCAACCUGCCUCGGGAGAGCUGUGGGCUGCCGGCUGUGGAAGCGGGGGCGGCCUGGAGAAGCUUUAGGACGCAGUGGAGAAGAGCAGGUCGGGGCUUGCUGCUGAAUGACUUUCAUCCGUUACUGAGCCCCUCCGGAUCUCUGCCCUCGUUUGUAAAGCAGGGACCAGACGACAUGCGUCACGAGGGUAGGGCGAAGGAGGCGCUUGGCACGGAGGACACGGCUGGCCAGGAGCGAUUCAAGACGAUAACGACUGCCUAUUACCGUGGGGCCAUGGGCAUUAUCCUAGUAUAUGACAUCACAGAUGAGAAAUCCUUCGAGAAUAUUCAGAACUGGAUGAAAAGCAUCAAAGAGAACGCCUCAGCUGGGGUGGAGCGCCUGCUGCUGGGCAACAAGUGCGACAUGGAGGCCAAGAGGAAGGUGCAGAAGGAGCGCGCUGUUAAGCUGGCUCGCGAGCAUGGGAUCCGAUUCUUCGAGACCAGUGCCAAGUCCAGCACAAAUGUGGAUGAGGCUUUCAGUUCCCUGGCCCGGGACAUCUUGCUCAAGUCAGGAGGCCGGAGACCGGGAAACAGCCAAAAGCCCCCCGGCACUGACCUGAGAGCUUGUGACAAGAAGAACACCAGCAAGUGCUCCCUUGGCUGAGGACCCUAGGCCCGGAGGCUGGACCUGAGGGAGGCAGGGCUGUGGGUGGGCAGGGGAGGAACAGCACAUGGGACUUGGAGGGGCUGGAGGUAGGUAGAUGGUGGAAGACUAGGAGCAAAUGGAGAAGAACACGGGAAGGCGAGAGAUGAAAAGGAGGUGGAAUAGAGAGGGAAGGAGAAGCAAGGAGGAGAGAGGCGAGGGAGUAACAGGAGGAGAGGGGGCAGGAAGAGACGGGAGGAGGAAAGAACCGGCCCUGGGUGUCAGACCUUCCCUGGGCUUCUAGGGCAGACAUAAAUGUAAAUAAACAGUUGAUUUGUUGCUACUGGA